AUGACUGCUCCGCUCUUAAGCAAGGGUGGGAGCAGGCCAGACUAUCACCGCAACCUCCUCAAUGACCUAUUCGAGAUGAUGCGAUCAUUGGACGAGGCACACGCAGAGACAUUGCUGAAAAUGAUCCGGGGCAAUGCCACUUUUGAGCAGAUCCAGUGUUACAUGGACCAGGCCUUGAGUAGUAUGCUUGUACACUGUACGGAUGAGGAUACGCAUCGCAACCUCCGGAAUGUCCGGAAUAGGAUGGAGGUUUACAGUAGAGUACCAUCCUUCCGGCCGAAGAUCGUGGAUGUUCACUCCUUGGGCGACAUCGUUCCAUACAAAGUUUCUGCGAAACCUUGGACAACAGUGACGGAUGAUGACGCUCUAGUGUCUCAUUUGGUCUCUUUGUAUUUUACUUGGGACUAUCCUUUCUAUGCCUUUGUUGACCGUGAUGUCCUCAGUAAAAAUAUCCUCCUCGGCAAUGUUAAUUCUGACUUUUGCAGUCCCUUUCUUGUCAAUGCUCUACUUGCCAACGCUUGUGUAUGGCCCUUGAAUCUUCACUAUGCACAGUACUCUGAGGCUUAUGCAUUGCCAGGAGAUAUAAAAGUUAUGGGUACCGAUUUUCUGGCCGAAGCUGAACAGUAUCUGCAAACCCACCAGUUUGAAACGGGCAGCGGCAUACGCUUGGCUUCAUUGCAAGCAACGCUGCUAUUGUAUGAGAGGUACUCCAUGUCAGGCAACAAUGACCAUGGCUACUUCAUGCUUCAUCGAGCAGUUGAGAUGGCGGAAGCACUGGGAAUAGUCAACGGUCCACAACUGAAUCUCAACCAGUCAAACAUGUCAGAAGAAAUGGUAUCUUCAAUCAAGAGAACUGCAUGGGGCUUGUUUCAAAUCGACACGGUGGUUCACGCGAACUUUCUCCGGCCCUGCCGCGUCUUGGAAGUGAGUGUCGAGCAAAUCGACCGCAACGAGACAAAUGAAACGGAACUUUGGGUUGCGUAUCCGAUGAAUAAAGAGGCUAGACGGUCUUGGAUGAGUCAAUAUUUUGACGAAGCCUGCAAGCUUUCCACUAUUGCAAGGGACAUCUCGCGUCUUUUCCUUCCCGACCAGGAACCUGGGGUCGACAUAUAUGAGCACAAAAGAGUGCUGUAUGACAAGCUUCGUCAAUGGGAACAAGAACUGCCGGAAGGCUUUGCACCAGCUGAACAGCCCGCGGCGCAUAUCAUUCUUUUAAGGAUUCGGUAUCACGCUCUGCUCAUAAAUCUGUUCUUUGACUGCUUUGGUGGGAAUCCACCUUUCUAUGCACCACAACAACAGGAGACCCAGCAGCAGUCCGGCCCAACCAUCUAUGACGGUACGCUAGAGACCGCGCUCGCAUCUGCUCGAGAGAUAUCUGCUCUUGUUCGGCUACACCGCGACCAGUACGGUCUGGUUCGAGCUCACCAGUACGUGAUGUAUACGAUAACAUUGGCAUUAUUCACCAUGCUCGAACAGGAAUCUUUCGACGUCCUGGAUUAUGAAUUCCUUUCCUUGACAAGUUCAUUUUCCAUAGUCGCUAGUUGCUCCCAGCUUGGAAAGGAUAUUCUCCGUAUCUUCCGUCAAUCAGUGAGAAUCCGAUGCCAGAAAGGACAAGGUCUCGAUAUGGAGACGGGGGAGAGGGAAAUGCCGCCUUUUGGUCCAAGUAGCGUGGCAGUUACACCGGAUCGAUGGAAUGACUACGCUGAAGGAUUGCGGAAACUAGUUGAUCGUGACGGCGUCGAGGACGGCUCAUCAGACUAUGCAGCUUCAGGUAUUGAAGAAAUGCUCAGUAUGUAUGAGACCAUGAGCCUAGGAAAGGAAGGCAAUUUACAAUCUCGGCAACAGUCCAGUUCCUUCCGCUUUUCACCAUCUCCGGAAUGAAUAUAUAUGGUGCCUAGGCAUGAUGGGUUUUCCAGCUCAUCAUAGAGGUCUUCGUCGCCAAGUGUCUAGGUUCAGAAUACGGAGAUUGAGAAGACAAAAGUACGAUUUUUUAUAUAUUGUCUUUUGGGUCACUACAGACAAUUUCCUCGUUAUUCGUUACCAUGGAGUGGAUGUUGGAGAUGCUGCUGUCAGUCACUUUGGCAUUGAUUUCACGUGCACGCUAAUCUCAAGAAAUUUCUACUAGCAAAUAUUCUUAAUAGGAUAGAGCAAAUUCUCACAACC